GAGUGCAGAAGCCGCAGCAGCGGGGCAGUAGCCGGGCGAGAUUUUUCUGAGGUGAAAAUACAACUGUAAACCCUGGCGUUUACGGAAGGAGAGGAUGAAAGACAUCGACCUAGGAAAAGAGUAUGUUAUACCCAGUCCUGGGUAUAGAAAUGUGAGGGAGAGAGCCGGCUCGGAGCAGGAAGGUUUGAAAUUCCAGCAAGCUAAAUAUAAGGUGGAAUGUCAAGAUGCCUUGGAAACAGCAGCGCGGGCAGAAGGCCUUCCGCUGGACAUUUCCAUGCAUUCCCAGCUGAGAAUCUUGGAUGAGCAGCAUCACAAGGGCAAAUAUCACCAUGGCUUCAACGUGCUAAAACCCAUACGGACUACUUCCAAACACCAGCACCCAGUAGACAAUGCUGGACUUUUUUCCUGCAUGACCUUUUCAUGGCUCACUCCUCUGGCCCACACAGCAUACAAGAAAGGGGAGCUGUUUAUGGACGAUGUUUGGCCUUUGUCAAAGCAUGAGUCUUCAGAGGUUAACUGUAGAAGGUUAGAGAGACUAUGGCAGGAAGAACUGAAAGAAACAGGACCUGAGGAUGCUUCUCUCCGGAGGGUUGUAUGGAUCUUCUGUCGCACCAGACUCAUAAUUUCCAUAGUGUGUCUGAUGAUCACGCAGCUUGCUGGCUUCAGUGGACCAGCGUUCGUUGUGAAACACCUUUUGGAAUACACGCAGCAAAGUGAGUCCAACCUGCAGUACAGCUUGUUGUUAGUUUUUGGCAUCCUAAUGACAGAAAUCGUGCGCUCUUGGUCCCUGGCUCUAACCUGGGCUUUAAAUUACCGCACUGGGGUCAGACUGCGGGGAGCUAUCCUGACAAUGGCGUUCAAGAAAAUUCUCAAGCUGAAAAAUAUCAAGGACAAGUCUCUGGGGGAGCUCAUAAACAUAUGUUCCACUGAUGGGCAGAGAAUGUUUGAGGCUGCAGCAGUUGGCAGUUUGUUGGCCGGGGGCCCAAUUGUUGCCAUCCUAGGCAUGGUUUAUAAUGUAAUUAUUCUAGGACCAACCGGCUUCUUGGGAUCUGCUGUCUUUAUCCUCUUCUACCCAGCGAUGAUGUUUGUAUCACGGCUCACAGCUUAUUUCAGAAGAAAAUGUGUGGCGGCGACCGAUGAGCGUGUGCAGAAGAUGAAUGAAGUUCUUAACUAUAUUAAAUACAUUAAAAUGUAUGCCUGGGUCAAAGCAUUCUCUCAGAAUGUUCAAAAAAUCCGAGAGGAAGAACGUAAAAUCUUAGAGCGUGCAGGCUACUUCCAGAGCAUCACUGUGGGAGUGGCUCCAAUUGUUGUGGUUAUUGCCAGUGUGGUGACGUUCUCUGUCCAUAUGAUCCUUGGCUAUGAUCUCACAGCAGCUCAGGCUUUCACAGUGGUCACAGUCUUCAAUUCAAUGACUUUUGCUCUGAAAGUAACACCUUUCUCCGUGAAGUCUCUAUCUGAGGCAUCAGUGUCUGUUGACCGAUAUAAGAGUUUGUUUCUAAUGGAAGAGGUUCAUAUGGUAAAGAAAAAACCAUCCAGUCCUCACAUCGCGAUAGAAGUGAAAAAUGCUACCUUGGCGUGGGAGAACUCCCACGCCAGUGUCCAGAGCUCACCAAAGCUGACCCCUAAAAUGAAAAGAGACAAGAAGGUCACCAAGGGCAAGAAGGAGAAAAUGAAGCUACAGCAUGAGGGACCGCAAGCGGUGCUGGCUGAGCAGAAGGGCCAUCUUCUAGUGGACAGUGAUGACCAUCCUAGCCCUGGGGAAGAGAACAAAAACAUCCAUCUAGUUAACUUUCGGCUUCAGAGGACUCUCUACAAUAUCGACCUGGAGAUUGAAAAGGGGAAACUUGUUGGGAUUUGUGGCACUGUGGGGAGUGGAAAAACUUCACUUAUUUCAGCCAUUUUAGGACAGAUGACCCUGCUGGAGGGUAGCAUUACAGUGAAUGGAAAUUUUGCCUAUGCGGCCCAGCAGGCCUGGAUUCUCAAUGCUACGCUUAGAGACAACAUCCUUUUUGGAAAGGAGUUUGAUGAAGAAAGAUACAACACUGUGCUGAAUGGCUGCUGUCUGAGACCUGACCUAGCCAUCCUACCUAAUGGGGACCUGACGGAGAUUGGUGAGCGAGGUGCUAACCUGAGUGGAGGCCAACGUCAGAGGAUCAGUCUUGCCCGAGCCCUGUACAGUGACAAGAGUAUUUACAUCCUUGAUGAUCCUCUUAGUGCCUUAGAUGCACAUGUAGGAAACCAUAUUUUUAACAGUGCAAUAAGGAAGCAUCUGAAGUCAAAAACUGUCCUGUUCAUCACCCAUCAGCUUCAGUACCUUGUUGACUGUGAUGAAGUAAUCGUUAUGAAAGAGGGCUGUAUCACCGAAAGAGGAACCCAUGAGGGACUGAUGAACUUAAAUGGCGACUAUGCCGUGAUUUUUAAUAGCCUGCAGCUGGGAGAGGCACCACACAUUGAGAUUAAUGUAAAGAAGAGCACAAGCAGUUCAUUAAAAAAGCCCCAGGAUAAAAGCAUCAAAGCAGGGUCUGUGAAGAAGGAGAAAGUGGUGAAGAAGGAGGAAGGCCAGCUGAUGCAGCUGGAAGAGAAGGGCAAAGGCUCUGUCCCCUGGUCUGUUUAUGGCACCUAUAUCCAGGCAGCUGGAGGCCCCUUUGCAUUCCUGAUCAUCAUGGCACUCUUUGUGCUGAAUGUGGGCAGCAUGGCAUUCAGCAACUGGUGGCUGAGUUACUGGAUCAAGCAAGGCAGCGGGAACACCACCGUGAUGUUGGGAAAUGAAACUGUUGUGAGCAUCAGUAUGAAAGAUAACCCUCACAUGCGCUACUAUGCCGGCAUCUAUGCGCUCUCUAUGGGAGUCAUGUUGAUUCUGAAAGCUGUUCGUGGGGUUGUCUUUGUCAAGGGGACACUUAGAGCCUCCUCCAGGCUCCAUGAUGAGCUCUUCCGACGGAUUCUUCGCAGCCCCAUGAAGUUCUUUGACACUACACCCACUGGGCGGAUUCUCAACAGGUUCUCCAAAGAUAUGGAUGAAGUUGAUGUCCGUUUGCCAUUUCAAGCUGAAAUGUUCAUUCAGAAUGUCAUCCUGGUGUUCUUCUGUGCCGGGGUGAUCGCUGGGGUCUUCCCAUGGUUUCUGGUGGCAGUGGGGCCCCUCACCGUCCUCUUCACAAUCCUACAUAUUGUGUCUAGAGUCUUUAUUCGUGAGCUGAAGCGCCAGGACAACAUCACGCAGUCUCCGUUUCUGUCUCAUAUUACGUCAAGUAUACAGGGUCUCUCCACAAUCCAUGCCUACAACAAAAGGCAGGAAUUCCUGCACAGGUACCAAGAGCUGCUGGAUGACAAUCAAGCACCAUUUUACUUGUUCAGCUGUGCAAUGCGCUGGCUGGCCAUACGACUAGAUGUUAUCAGCAUCGCCCUCAUCACAACCACCGGCCUGAUGAUUGUCUUAAUGCAUGGCCAGAUUGCUCCUGCAUAUGCUGGGCUCGCCAUCUCUUAUGCUGUGCAGUUAACAGGGUUAUUCCAGUUUACAGUCAGACUGGCCUCAGAAACAGAGGCUCGCUUCACCUCAGUGGAGAGGAUUGAUCACUACAUCAAGACCCUUUCUCUGGAGGCUCCAGCUCGAAUUAAGAAUAAAGCUCCCCCUCUGGACUGGCCCCAUGAAGGCGAAGUUGUCUUUGAAAAUGCAGAGAUGCGGUACCGAGAGAACCUCCCGCUGGUGCUUAAGAAAGUGUCUUUUACCAUCAAACCCAAGGAAAAGAUUGGCAUCGUGGGGCGGACGGGGUCAGGGAAGUCCUCACUUGGAAUGGCACUCUUUCGUCUCGUUGAAUUGUCUGGAGGCUGCAUUAAAAUCGAUGGAGUGAAAAUCAAUGACAUUGGUUUAGCAGAUCUCCGCAGCAAACUCUCAAUAAUCCCUCAGGAGCCUGUGUUAUUCAGUGGAACUGUGAGAUCAAACUUGGAUCCUUUCAACCAGUACAGUGAGGAGCAAAUCUGGGAUGCCUUGGAAAGGACUCACAUGAAGGAGUGUAUUGCUCAGCUGCCCAUGAAACUGGAAUCGGAAGUGAUGGAAAAUGGGGAAAACUUCUCUGUGGGGGAGAGACAGUUACUGUGCAUAGCCAGAGCUUUGCUGCGUCGCUGUAAGGUUUUGAUACUAGAUGAAGCAACAGCUGCUAUGGACACAGAGACCGAUGUACUGAUUCAGGAGACUGUCCGGGAGGCGUUUGCAGACUGCACUAUGCUAACAAUUGCUCACCGCCUGCACACUGUGCUGGGCUCCGAUCGGAUCAUGGUGCUAACACAAGGACAGGUAGUGGAAUUCGACACUCCGUCUGCCCUUCUGUCCAAUGAGAACUCGCGCUUCUAUGCCAUGUUUGCUGCUGCAGACAACAAGGUUGCUGUCAAGGGCUAAAAUUCAGGAUAAAGUCACUUUAAUUUGGAGGGUUCCCUGCCUGUGGCAGACCAGCUCCUCCUCCUCCUCCUCAUUCUCAAAGCAGAUUAUUGCCUUUUCAUCUUUUUAAUUUUUAGCACAAUGUGUCAAACCUGGAGACUUUUUAAGACCCUGUAAGAAUUCUUCCUGUUUUUAAUGUAUUUAUUCCAUAUUCAUAUUACUAAAUUUUUUUGUUACUAAAUGCACUCUACAAAUGGCUCAGGGAGCCAUAGUUAUAAAUGUAUCAGAGGCCUAUAAUGAAGCUUUAUACAUGUAGCUAUAUCUAUACAUAAUUCUGUACAUAGCCUAUAUUUACAGUGGAAAUGUAAGCUGUUUAUUUUAUAUUAAAAUGAGCACUGUAUUAAUAACAGUGCAUAUUCUUUUCUAUAAUUUUUGUACAGUUUACGGUACUAGAGAGCUGGCUUUAUCAGACUGUAUCAGACACCAUUUAGUCUCUUACAGCUGGUCUUUUCAUAGUGCCGGAUUUUCUGCGUGUCUGAAUGGAAGUGAAGCUUUGCAGUAGUGUCCUUCAAUGUCCCAUCGUUAUCGUCCUGCACAGGGGGGAAGGGCUCUGUGGUGUAACUCUAUUGCAUCGUAACUAUUGUCAAAGCUGUUUGGAGCAUCACUAUUGUUCAUGGUGGCAGCUGCUGCUGCUGCUUCCCAUGAUGCUUUCCCAGGGUAGCUUUUUUUAUGAUCCCCUGAGUGGUUCAGGGAGAAGACCACUUCUGGGUCACAGGAAAGUUCCACGAUCACUCCGUGUCCUGGUGCAGUGAUGGGAAUGUAGCAGCUCUUUCUCGUGCAGUGUCCUGGGGCAAUGAUGGGAAUGCAGCACCAUUCCCUAAUGUAUCAAUGGAGUUUGGGUUUUGUUUCUAUUAAAAUAAUCAAACUCCUGCUUCGCUGAUCUAACUCGUGACCAGAAUCUAAAUGUUCAUAGAACAACCUGCAGUAAAACAAUCGCUCUCUGAAGUUCAAAUCCAAACCCUGGGUUGCUGGCAGUAAAGUCUUUUCUUUCCUGAGCUGCUCCAGCUGAAUCCUUUAUCUUGAGGCUGCUAAUGCUCUUUACAGGUUGAGGUUGGUUCUUAUUGGCAUACAUAACACUCACCCUUCGUGCUGUUCACUUACACUAAGCUUAAAAUACAUCAGCAUUUCCUGUUUUGGUCUUGCUCACUUAUUACCUUAACAACACCCUGAAGUCUUCUGCAGCUUUGAACAGGUUCCUGCUGAUCAGGGUGUGACACUGGAAGGAAGUUAUUUUCUUACUGUAAAGAGACCUACCUCAGGUUGCUGAGUCCUCUGUGGUACGUUACCAUGAUUACUGUACACCAUCCCUGUUCUGUGGGGCCCGGGGCCCAGGUGGGCGCGGUCACUCCAGUUAUAGCUGUGACUUAUUGAAUGGUCAGCAUUGCAUGUCUUUGUCAACUUGGACAUUUUGUAGCCUUAGCAUGUUUGCAAAAUGUCUCAUCGAGGCAAAAAUCUGAAAAAGUGAAUAAAACU